UGCAGCCUGGGUUUCGACCACUCCAGAGGCUUUUUCCAACAGAAGAGGUUGCCUUUGAAACAGCCGCGGCAAGAGACCGGGCCAGUCUCGUUCGUUUGUCAAGACGCUGCGGAGAAGAGGCAAAAGAUGGCAAAAGCAAUUGCCACACGAGAGACUUGGGCUACUCAGACUGUUGGCUCCACUUGCUUCACCCAUCCAAGCCACAUGUAGCACUAGCCUGCCUAGCCCUGUUGGGGACGAGUUCGUUUGGGCUCUAGACCUUCUCAUGCCAUUGGUCACAAGCAACAUUGAAUUCCCAGAGCUAGGAGCUAGCAGCAGCUAGCAGACGCUGGCGAAAAUCUUCACGAGUUCCACUAAGAUCGGUUUGGGGUUUUAAAAUGCACCAGGUCUACACCAUUGCGCCAUCUGGCGCCACUUCCCCAAACAAAAGAAACGGAUCGUUGCGACGCACCCCCCCGCGGAAUCGGAGAACCACCUCGGAAUGGGUUCGCCAGGUCAAGUCGGGCCCAAGUGACUGUUGCGACGGGGUGUGUCACUUCGCUCCUGGGACCAACGCAACGCAAUGGCCAAGUUCUGCAGUCAUCGUACCUUCAUCGAUGUGGAAGGGACCGAGGACAAGACUCGACGAUCCAAAAGCUGUCCAAAAUGCACACAUGUCGACCGUCGAGCCGAUUGGAAGAGCCACUUUCAGGCAUCGAAGUUGCUGGAGCGUUCGGAGAAGGUGGAGGACCCCGCGCAGCCGAUGCUGGAGUUUCUGGAGCCAGGCUCAUCGAUCGGCAGCCAUGGACACCCUCACAUCUCAUUCUCUUCGCUCGAGGAACAUGUAAGCAGGGUUCGGAUUGUAAGUUUUGCCAUUCACUACAUGUGGGCAGACCAGCCAGCCUAGACGCGCAGCAGCGGGCCUUGAUCGCAAGCUGGUCCUUGGCAAAGUUGCUCGACGCUGUGCUUCCACACCUCAAGAAGGCCACGGGCGUGGCUUUGCAUCCUGGAUCCGCCCAUCUUCUGGAGCUGGUCCAACGUGAGCUAGACCUGCGCAAGACAACCAUCACCACCAGGAUGGCUUUGGCAGGUGAGGGUUUUCGGUGGGGGGGAAAGCAGAAAAUCCUCGAACAUGAUUUUCCCCCCAAGAACUCGGGUUCUCCAGGGAGCACAGGGCCAGGCUUCUCCACGAUGGUUUGAAAACCCGAUGUCCCGGUUCCUCGGCGCGACUCGGCGUCCCCGAGACGGACACGUCAAGACGAGACGGACACGUCGCGCCCCGAGGCUGCCGGUCUGGUCCGGUCACGGUGUGGCGUUGGUGUCACGAAGUGGUGACGGGUCGAAAUGUCCAAAACGCCACACCGUGGUCGUACGAGAGGUGGGUUCAGCCCUUUCUGCCGGUCCAUUUCGAAGACCAAACACUUGGACAACAUUGGACAACUCCACGACACCGCAGCUCAUCCAGGUUUUGGUCCAGUUCCGCAUCGACUCCGAAACGUCUUCCGGCGCAUGUCUUUGUCUGCGCUGGUGAGUGUGGUCUGUUCCAAGUCCGCGCCCAGCCCCUUUUCAACGAUUUUGAAGAGGGCCUUGAACAAGUUGCGGCGAGAAGUGGGUGAAGGGCAGUGAACAGAGUCUUUGACAUGCAGGGUCAUGAUUGUCAUGACCUGUGCUGAUGGCCUUCAAGAGCUUUAGGAUCCAAAAGCAUGGAAAGGUGCAUGGGGAAAGUCCAGGUGUUCCAACUGGUGUUCCCAUUGGCUCACCAAGCUACCCCGCCAACUCCAUGUGGCCAGAGGGAACUGCAGGGUGCUCAGAGCUCCUUGCAUACUUGGGCAUGGCGCAUGCAUUUUGAACCAAUCUUCUCAUUGCAAGUCAAAGCUGUCGAGCGUUGUUGAGGAGGAGCUGAGCAUCAUUUGAAAGCCUGUGAGGUAGGCAAACAUGUCCUCCGCAGAUUGCAGUUGGUGC